AUGUCAAAGCCUCGUGUGGUAUCUUGUUUAAUCUUCACUUUCCUGCAAGAUGCUGUGCCUUCGUCUGAGAGUUUCUUGGGGUCCGUGAUGUAUCCGGAUGUCCAUGUUCAUGCUUAUCAUCGUCCGUCAGCAUCGUCCGUCAGCAUCGUCCAUCUGCAUCGUCCGUCAGCAUCGUCCUCGCAUCGUCCAUCUGCAUCGUCCUCAAUCCGAGCAUCGUCCGUCAGCAUCGUCCAUCUGCAUCGUCCAUCAGCAUCGUCCAUCAGCAUCGUCCGUCAGCAUCGUCCAUCUGCAUCGUCCAUCUGCAUCGUCCGUCAGCAUCGUCCAUCAGCAUCGUCCAUCAGCAUCGUCCGUCAGCAUCGUCCGUCAGCAUCGUCCGUCAGCAUCGUCCAUCAGCAUCGUCCGUCAGCAUCGUCCAUCAGCAUCGUCCGUCAGCAUCGUCCAUCAGCAUCGUCCAUCUGCAUCGUCCAUCAGCAUCGUCCAUCAGCAUCGUCCGUCAGCAUCGUCCGUCAGCAUCGUCCAUUUGCUUCGUCCAUCAGCAUCGUCCGUCAGCAUCGUCCAUCUGCAUCGUCCGUCAGCAUCGUCCAUCUGCAUCGUCCGUCAGCAUCGUCCGUCAGCAUCGUCCGUCAGCAUCGUCCAUCUGCAUCGUCCGUCAGCAUCGUCCGUCAGCAUCGUCCAUCAGCAUCGUCCGUCAGCAUCGUCCAUCAGCAUCGUCCGUCAGCAUCGUCCAUCUGCAUCGUUCGUCAGCAUCGUCCGUCAGCAUCGUCCGUCAGCAUCGUCUGUCAGCAUCGUCCAUCAGCAUCGUCCGUUAGCAUCGUCCGUCAGCAUCGUCCGUCAGCAUCGUCCAUCUACAUCGUCCGUCAGCAUCGUCCAUCAGCAUCGUCCGUCAGCAUCAUCCAUCAGCAUCAUCCAUCAGCAUGUUUACCCACCGGAGAAGCAUAUAUGAACAGACUUCAGCACGACUUGAUUCUGUGA